CUCCUGUCCUCCCUGCCUCCACGACCUUUCGCGACGCACCUUUCGUCCUCUUCUCGGUGCUGUGCCAUUGUGGUACAGCUUGGAUCGCGAGAUCCACAGGUUGCUCACGCGUAUAGUUUUUAGCUCACUGGACAGACAGAACAGGUCGGAUCUUUUCCAUCCUCGUAGUCGCUCCAUUCGGCCGCCAGUCACCCUCAGUCACCAUGUGCCCAAUGCUGCUGAACAGUCUCUCCGAUGGCCCGGCGAUGGUCCUAUCCCCUCGUCAGGACCAUGCUUUUGUUCAAUUCCCUCGCCAGCCGAAGUUCACCGAUACAGAGUCGAGGUCUUUCUUCUCCGCCACCAACAACCUUUUCCCAUCCAAACCAUCUCGCAAGAGGUCGCGAGACGAUUCCUCCUUCGAAGAAGCCAUCAACGGAAACAACACCCCGAUGUCCUUGGUAUCCGCUCCUGCUCCAUCAACCCGAAAGCAGGAGGUAGAAGAGCCCAUCUACGGCGAAGGCAUGGUGCUUCUGAACCCGCGCACCAAGAUGGCCAUCUCGGCCGAAAGCCAAACCGGCACAUGGUACGAAGAAAACGUCGAAAAUGUCACCACUGCUGCACCGAUCUCGUCCCGUCGUGCCGACAACCCAUCAUCCUCGGGUCGUAAAUCCCAGCGCUUGGAUCCAUCAGCUCCCAGUUUGGACGACAUCACUCUCUCCUCCAUCCAGCGAAGACUGCACUCGACCGAACAACAAGACGACAACCGCCGGACCCUCAACGUGGGUACCCGCUCCGAAGAACCUGCUGUCGACGACGCCACCCGUCUCCUCGGAAUUAGCUGGCAGCGGAUCGCAACUGAUGAUUCGGACAUGGCCGCUGCGGUGCGCGGCUGGAAGAAGUAUAUUGAUCGACAGUUCGCGGCGUAUCUGGGCGAUUCACAGAUCCUCCUGAAGAAUCGGGCAUUGAAUGCCUAUCUCGUCACGGCGCGGCCAACAACGCCGGUGGGAAUGGCGAACGCAUCCGCCUUCUUUCUCUUCAACGAUGACCUCACCCAAGCACAGCUCGUGGGCUCAACCUGGGAAAGGUGCCUCAUGAACCUCCGUUCAUCUCCCAUUGUCUUUGAGGGCACCCAGAUCCUGAAUGCCGCCGACAGACCGCUUCACAACGGCAUGGCACCGAUGGGAGCCCAGAACAUACUGGGAGCGAACCCAGUUGAAUCAGGCCUCCCGCUUCUGCAGACCCUCUGUGCCCAGCCGAUGAACCUCGGAAUCGGCAUGGGAUUGAACAACAGCGUAGGAAUGGGGACGGGGAUGGAGAUUGACGCGUAAGCCAUCGGCAGCAUCAUGAACAGCAGCAGAAAGGCAUCUUCAACUAAACACAUCGCAAAAACGAUGAACGAACUCACUUGAGCGACACAGCGGA